AUGCGCAGUAAUGAAGAAAAUAUUCAUAGGUCAUUCGAUGAGCGCAAUCGUUUCAAUGCAAGUGCUGGCCCGAUCAAGAAUGCGACAGUUUAUGUGAUCGACCCGCGCUCCGGUAAAGUCGUUGACGAAUUUGGCAAGGGCUCAUUUUAUAUGCCUCACGGACUGGCUGUGGAUGGCAGCGACAACAUCUGGCUCACAGAUAUUGCUCUACAUCAGGCAAUCUUUCAGUUUCGGCUGAGCGGUGAAAUUUUCAUCUUGGGAAAUUUGCUUCACAACAACUUAUAUUUUUUCUCCAUCAAUCGUCAGCAGUUAACUGAUCUGUUAGAAAUUAGACUGGAUUUUGUGCUUCUUUGCAUAUUUUGUGCAGAUAAAAAAUGCGCAUUUUGAUG